AUGGUCUAUAGCGAGAACGGAAACUCUAGACCGGGAAGUGGGGCAUCUAAAUCAAAUCUAGCUAGCUUACUUUUCAAGUGUACCUAAGCGUCCUGCUGACUAUUGGAUGAGGCCGAGAUGCAAAGUCAGGAUCCAUGCGAAAAUGGUCCCCCUCUUCUUCUUCCCUCUCUGCGUCUCUUCAUUCCACCACUGCGGCUUGUCUCUGCGGCCAUGUGGCAAGUGGUUCAGCGAGGAGAUGUUCAAGAUUAUGGGAUGCUGGAGGAAUUUGUCACCACGGUGACAGAGAUUGUGCCAGAGCUUUUGAGUUGCAGUCAGAGGGCCCAACUCAUCCUGGGGCUUCGAGCAAGGCUGGUUCUGGAGUUGUGUGGCACUGAGCAGACAUUAGACCUCCAGAAUAUUCAGCAACACCUGGACAGGAUCCGAUCCCUCACAUCCACUGGGGAAGCAGAGUCAGGUGAUGCAGAGGUGGAAUUAUCUGAAUCAAACUUUGUGGAGCUGGUUGAAUCUCUGCUGAAAGACCCAAGUGAAAGGGAGAACUUCUACCAGGAUGUGUUCCCUGUGGAAUUCGGGCCCAAGUAUGACACUGCAAUACAGAUGUUGAUGUUGGAAUUCCUUUCCAGACUUGAGAAGUUACUUCCCAUACCAGACCUUGAACAGACCGCCUCCUUGCUAAAUGCUGUCCCCUCUGCUCUGGAGAAAUGUGUACAGUUUGUACCUGACUUCAGACAAUUGAGGACCCUGCUCCAGUACCACAGAAAACGUGGACAUUUGGACUCCAUCGGAACUCCAUCGUCCUUUGGUGACUGCAUCCUCUCCUCUUUGUCUCUUCCUCCAUACGUGCGAGUGGUGACUGCCCCAGAUGUAGACUCAGAUACACAGUCAGAAAGCAUGAAUUUGGAGGGAAUGGAAGCAAGAGAGUUGUUGGAGAAUCGGACAAAGGAAAUUGAUGGACUAGUUCCAGCAGAUGAGGUUAGAAGAGACGUAAUUACUGAGCAGGAUUACGGUAUUGACAUGGAGACAGCCGUUGGGGAAAUUGACAAUCAAGCUGUCACUGGCUUGAAUUCACUCAGACCAUCACAUUUUCAACCAUUAAAACGAAGCAAAAGGCUGCAGAUUAAGAAAAUGUUUUCAAAACGACGGAAACCUCGGAAGACUGAUUCUUCCGGGCGUGCAAUCAAACAGCCAUCAUCCUCCAAGGGUCGCCCCUCCCCAAAGAAGUCAUGUAAAAGAGGCCCAUUCAAUAAGACAUGUGAAGUGUGUGGAAAGACUUUCACUCGAGUCACAGCCAUGAAAAGGCAUCAGCUAACCCACACUGGAGAUCUCAAGUAUAAGUGCCUCGAAUGUGAAAAAAGCUUCAGGGAUGGUCAUAAUCUGAAGAGACACCAGAGGCGAGUUUGUGAAAAGGAGCUAAAGAUGUUUGAUGAUAAAAAUGAAGAGAUCCCACAACCCUCAACUAGCAAAUCUCUGAUCACAUCACCCCUUAAGACUUCCUCUCCACCAGGGCCAUCUCAUCAAGGAACUCUGGACACUAUCACAGCCACCAACACAUGCUCUGUGUGUGGGAGGUUUUUUGCUCGUACUUCAAGCUUGGUAAGGCACAUGAGCUCCCACUCAAAAGAGCGUCCAUUUGGGUGUGUCAAUUGUGGUAAGAAAUUCAAGUAUUCAUACGAUUUGAAAAAACACCAGAGAGAAUUGUGUCAGAAAAUGACCCAGGGAGAUUUGUGUCAGGAUGUUGGUCAGAACAUGGCACAACAACAGAGUGGCCCACAACCGGACAAGGUUUUUCUUGCCACUGCAGAAAAUCGAACCCAGGUAGAUUCCAAAACCUGUUAUGUCUGUGGUAAGAUUUUGACUUGUACCUCACAGAUGGAAAGGCACUUGAAAUCUCACUCAAAAGCACGUCCCUAUAAUUGUGCUAUUUGUGAGAGAAGCUUUAAGUACAAAGAUACAUUGAAGAAACAUCAGGAAAUCCUUGGUCACGAGGGCAUCCUAGAAGACUUGGGUCAGAGUGUGGACCAGCAAGAAGUGGAAGUUAACACAGAGAGUUGCAUCAGCCCUCUCACUACCAAGGAAAACGACACUGAGCCCCUUAUCAUGGCUGUUACUUCAGUGCCGACUCUCAAAGAACCCAAACCAUGCACUGUGUGUGGGAAGAUUUUUAACCGUGCUUCAGUUAUGGCUAUUCAUAUGAGGUCCCAUUCAGAUGAGCGUCCUUAUCAAUGUGGCAAUUGUGAGCAGCGCUUUAAGUACGUGCACAAUUUGAAUCAACACCAGAGAUAUAUCUGUAAGGUGAACCGAGAAGAGUCCUCUCAGAUGGUAGACCAGCACCAAGAGGAGGAGUCUAGCGAACCACUGGCUGCUAAGGCUGAUGCUCCAGAGACCUCUACCAGUCAACUCCAACUGGUUCACUGGUGUAAAAAAUGUGGAAAGAGUUUCGAUGACAUCUGUAAUUUGAAGCAACACCAAGAAAGUUUAUGCCGAGAGGAAAAAAUAAAGGUGGUCUUCAAAUGUGAAAAAAGAAAGGUGGUCUUCAAAUGUGAUGAUUGUGGGAAGGACUUCAAAGGUUCAUCAUCCCUAAGAACACACAAGCGAAUUCACAACCCAUUCUAUUGCUCUGAUUGUGGAAGGGUACUUCCAAACUCCAUUGCCUUUGACAGACACAAGCUGAUGCAGCACAAGGAAAUCCAGUGUACCAUGUGUGAGAAGACCUUUACCCUGUUGGGGCGUCUGAGAGAUCACUAUCUGCAUCAACAUAAAUUCACAGGACCAUACGCCUGCUCUCAAUGUGAGAAAACCUUCACUCAGUUAAGAUACCUUGUUGAACAUGAGAGAGUUCACUCAGGUGAGUACCCUUACCAGUGCUCUGUUUGUCAAGCAAAGUUCAAUAAAGCAAAUUCUCUAACAAUACACAGUAGGAAGCACACAGGAGAAAAGCCAUUCCUGUGCUGGCAGUGUGGAAAGAGCUACAAGGAUCGUGGAAACCUGUCAAUGCAUAUGGGGACCCACUCAGAGGAGAGACCAUUUUCUUGUUCGCAGUGUGACAUGACUUAUCGGACAAAGAUUCAGCUGAAUACACACAUUGAACAAGUUCAUGAGGGGGUGAGAUAUACCUGUGCAGUCUGUGGAAAGCAGUUUUUGAAAGCAGUGUCAUUGAUAAGACAUGAACUUACUCACACAGGAGAAAGACCUUUUCCAUGCUCCUAUUGCACAAAAACCUUCAUCACUGCCAAUGAAAGAAGGCUGCAUGAAAGAUACCAUACCGGUGAGAGACCAUACAAAUGCCAAGACUGUGGAAAGUCCUUCGUACAGUUAUGUUUCCUGAAAUCACACCAACGACUUCACACUGGAGAGAAGCCAUUUGCAUGCAGCAUUUGUGACAAAAGUUUCAGAUUAAAUUACCAUAGGCAAAGACAUGAGCGAACCCAUACAGGAAAACAGAAGCCACAUGUGUGUGCGGAAUGUGGGUUAGCUUUCGCUCAAAGAAAGCGCCUGACUGAACAUCAAUGCACUCACUCCUUGAAUUAAAAUUGAAGGUUUUUUUGGAACUCUGAUGUCCCUUUGUAUUGUUGUUCAUUUUAAGACAGUACAGCAGGGAAAGUAGUGAGGGAGACAGAAUGUAGGGAGACAGACAGAAGGGCAGAGAAGGGGCUUGAACCCUUGUCCCCAGGCAGGUAAAUGUGGACCGGAGUCAAAAGCAUUACCACUCUGUUAGACUCUGGCAUUUUAGUUAUUGUUGUUUACUAUAUAUAACAACUACUGGUUUAACACCUCUGGUUUUAAUUAGUACCUUCUCUUUUUUCCAGCUUUUUUUCAUCAUUCAGUGGAUAAUUUCAAUAGCUCAUUUGUAGUAUGUACAGUAAAGGCUGAAACAUGUCAACUGUUAUUCUCAAAUAACCACUACAUUGCAUUUUCUGAUAAUAGCAAUAAUAAAGGAGAAAGACAUGAAAAUAUCUGUCUGAUUUAAAAACAUGGG